AGGAGUCAGUGAGGUGGGGGGGAGCCCAGUGCAGCGAGAAGCCAGGGGCACUGCGGGAAGUGGCCGGUGGAUCAGGAAUGUCCCAACCCGCUCCCCUGGUUUAAUCUCUGUCUGCUCUAGUGUGCCUGGGCUGCGCGGCUCCAUGGCCCCGUACCGCAUCCGGCAGUACGAGGACGGUGACUACGAGGCCGUGUGCACCAUGUUCGGCCAUGGGGUUAUGGAGCACGCUCCUGCUGCGUUCAUCUACAUGCUGAAGCGUCUCCGGGCCCAGCUGCACUUCCUGGGCCUGUUCCUGGCGGUGCUCGCGGCCUCCAGGUCCCUCCUGGUCUCCCUCCUGGCUCUCCUGCUCGCUCUCACCGGGGGCUGGUUUUGCAGCUGGUGUAUCUGGACCGAUUAUGUCCAGCAGUCUCUUCGCAACGACCUACUGGACAUCCGGAGAACUUACCUGGAGGCAGCAGACUCUUGUCUCUGGGUGGCAGGGGCUGAGGGGGCGGUGGUGGGUGCGGUGGGGGCUGUCCUGCCGGAGUUCCCCUCGGAAAGGGGGCACGCCCUGGAACUAAAGCGUAUGUCCGUGGAGAGGGAGCACCGGGGCCGGGGCAUCACCAGGGCGCUCUGCAGGACGGUCAUCCGCUUCGCCCAGGAACGUGGGUACAGUGCAGUCGUGCUGUCCACCUCCAUGGUUCACUACUCGGCCCAGCAGCUGUACGAGAGCAUGGGCUUCCGGAGGGUCUCGCAGAGGUCUCCAUCGCUCCUCGCCAGCUUCCUGCAGUUCUCCGUCUUCUAUUACCAAUACGAGAUUCCAGGGUCUCGCUGAAGGCUCAGGGGGGGCGAUUCUUCCCCUGCCUGCUCAGCCGCUGGGAGCUUUGCCUGGCUUGUUAAUUAACUCCCAGCAAGUUGCUACUUUUUUACCUUUGGGUUAAAAAAUAAACUGAGCUUGGAGGAAAAGUCUCACGUGCGUGACACUGUUCUUGUGCUGGCUUGGGAUUAUUGUUCCCCCAGGGGCUCCUCCUUCCCCACAGCCACCUGGGUCCCCUGGAUCUGAACUUCACCCCUGGAGCUGAGCCGGCCGGGAUCAGACUCACCCACAUUUGCUCAGUGGUUCCUAGAUGGUCCCGGACCCCUAAAGAACCAGGCGACCCUGGCAAGGAGACCUCCGUGAAGGUUCAUUUGAAUUUUCACCCACUCUUCUUUGACAGGUUCAUGUCUCAUUCCUGUCACCCACAGAAAUGUCCAAUCCUUGGAUCUUGCCAAUUUCUUCACCCCCCACAACAUCCAGUAGCAGUGAGUUCCACAGGCUGGCUAUGUGUCGUGUGGAAAAGGCAAUUCCUUUGCUAGGUUUACAAUGUCCCACCUUUCGCUUUCGCUGGCUGUCCCCUUGUUGGUGUAUCCUGAGACAAGGAGAACAGAAGCGCUGGAUCUUCGUUCUGUAGCCCAUUCGUUCUUUUAUUCAUGUUGAGCACAUCACCUUAGAAAGGAGACGGAUAAAAGAGAACAAGCCCAGGCUCGUUGAUCUCUUCAUGGGACAGUUUUUUCCAGGCCCUUGUUGGUCCCCAUUGCCCUCCUCUGAACCCGCUAGUUCUGCAAUGUCCUUUUGGAGAUGGACCCUAUCCAGAUCGACCUCUCUUUGCUGGCCCGUGUGGGCCGGGCACGUGGCAGCCCUGGGUGCACAUGCUCACUUGCUCUUGCUCCUCACAGCCCAGAGUCCUCGGCACCUCCCCGACAGCCCCGCUCGCUCACCCGUGUCCAGGCAGCGCGAGGUGUCUCGAUUGCAGCAGCAGCCGUGGCAGGAGACGAGUGAGGGUACGAACGCCCCGCUUGGCCGGAGCACACAGCUCUGUCUGGGGGUUCGUGUCCUCAGCGCUAAGGGCACAGCUGGGCGGCUGGUUCCCAGGGCAGUCGACGGAGACGUGCUCGCUCUGAUUUGAGCUGACGGGCUAAAAGUAGCCAUGUGGCUGCAGUAGCUCAGGCUAGCCGGCUGGGCACGUACCCAGGGGAGGGCAUCUGAGACUGGACGUGGGCGGCUAGCCGGAGCUACGGGUCUC